AUGAACUAUCUUGCAUACGGCAGAAAUGGCAAGAAAGAAUGGAUUGAACCAACGUUCAAAAAAAUUCUGGAAAUAGCCGAAAAAUUCCCAGAAUUUUCAAAAUACAUACAAAAUCAAUGGAUAUCAAACCAAGAAAGAUGGACAGCCGCUGAAAGAGAUGAAAAUUUAGCUCUCACAAAUAACAUUUCAGAAUCGAUUAACAAAAAAAUUAAAUAUUACUAUUUUGGCGGAACAAUUUUCAUGAGAUUUGAUCGAUUUGUGAUGAAAUUAAUCGAUUUUAUCGUUCCUUCAUUUUAUUACAGAAUUUCUCAAGAUAUAAGGCUCAGAGACAAAAUUCCAAAUCCGUUGCCAUCUGAAAAAAAGCCAAAAAAGUCUACAAUCAGACUGGAUACAGAAAAAUGUAUAAUGCUCACUGAUAAAAUUAAAUUGUUAAUAGUUAACUCAUCAGCAAACUUAAAUACGCUUCAAUUGGGUUUAGAUGACCUACUUGAUAAAGUUGUCAAGGCAGCAAAGGUUCAAAAACGAAUGACCCAGUAUUUUUCGAAAUUAAGUAUCCCAAUGGAAAUCAAGCUUAGUAUUCUCAUGCAAAUUACAGAAUUUGGAUGCAAUACCCCUCAAUUCAUUGUUGAGAAUGCCAAGUCUUUUCAAGAUAAAAUUAUUACAGAUUUCGACCUUCAAAUUUAUACAACAUUAUUGUUGCAUGCUAAGAUCAGUCAUAAUGUAAACCUCUCAAUUUUAUUGUCGUGGGAAGUAUCUCAAUUCCUUCAAAAAAAUUGA